CCGCGCCGAGUGGGCACAGGGCUCUGCUCUCCACGGAAGUCUUGACUUCCUUUUCCCUCUCUUUCCCCCUCCGCCGCAAAAAGAUUGACUCCGAGCCUGGAGUUGUUUCGCUGUGCUCAACAGGAAGGUUCACUGCAAGGGCGGUGUGCUGGGGGUGAGGUUUGCUGAGCGGCAACCGCUGAUUGGCAGUAAAGGGCUUCACGCCCCAUCGCCUGCUCGAGCAUAACCUAAACAGCCAAUCAGAACGAGGACUGAUGGCAACAAACCAAUCCUGGAGCCGGGCUGAGAGUGGGGGCGGGGACAAGUGGCUCAGGUAGACUCAGGUCUGGAACUGUGCCGGGGCAGCAUUUGCUGCUGCUACUGCUGUGCUGACAGUGCUGGCGCCAGGCAAGAAGCCCUUUCAGGUUGGAGGGGAGCCAUGAGCCGAUUCCUGAACAUGUUACGAAGCUGGCUGGUGAUGGUAUCCAUCGUAGCCGCAGGGAACUCGCUACAGAGCUUCCGAGACCACACCUUUCUCUAUGAAAAGCUUUAUACCGGCAAGCCAGACCUGGUGAAUGGCCUCCAAGCUCGUACCUAUGGAAUCUGGACGCUGCUCUCAUCAGUGGUUCGCUGCCUCUGCGCCAUCGACAUUCACAACAAAACGCUCUACUACAUCACUCUCUGGACAUUCUUCCUCGCAAUGGGGCACUUCCUCUGUGAGUUGUUUGUAUUUGGGACUGCGGCUCCCACGAUUGGUGUCAUGGCACCCCUCAUGGUGGCAAGUAUCUCGAUCCUGGGCAUGCUAGUGGGGCUCCAGCACCUAGAAGCAGAACCAGGAUCCAGACAGAAGAAGAGAAACUGAGGCCAACAUCACCAUGUCCAAGACGUCACCUCCCGCCUUUGCUCACCUCUUCCUUCUCUAUGCUCUUCAGUUUCGUUUCUGCUCCAUCAUCCACUUUUAGCCUUUCACAUUUGGGGUUUUUUUUUCUUUAAUUAAAAAUUUUUUAACAUAUCAUGUGCA